AUCACCUUUAGCAAGUCCCCAGCCUCACUGGGGUUUCUGUUUUAUUUCUCACUGGGGGGAGGGGGGACCAUAAUUCGGCUGGUCUCCCCAUGCCCCCUUCACUAACAUACCUCCCUUUGCAUCGGCUCAACAAGGAUCUGCUUUCUGUCAUUCCAAUGAAAGUGGCCUGUUUCCUCCAGGUUUAAGAAAAGAUUCCAGGCCAUCAAGAUGGAUUUCAGCUCUUACAGUGGAGUCCCAAGGUUCCUGACCAGGCCCAAGGCCUUUGUGGUGUCCAUGGGGAAAGAUGCCACCUUGAGCUGCCAGAUUAUGGGGAAUCCUGUCCCAUUGGUGAGCUGGGAGAAGGACAAGCUUCCUAUCCAGACCGGGGGCAGAUUUAAAAUGGUGGAAGAUGGAGAUCUGUAUCGUUUGACCAUUUAUGACUUGAACUUGGAGGACAGUGGCCAAUACAUCUGCAGGGCCAAGAACACCAUUGGGGAAGCUUUUGCGGCUGUGAGUAUCAAAGUCGGGGAGCAGACCACUGUGACAGAAUCGGCACCGUACUUCAUUCAGAAGCCUACUUCUAUCAGAGUGAUCAUGGGAGACGAUGCCAUGUUCAAGUGCAUUGUGCAAGGCAGCCCUCCUCUUUCAGUGAACUGGGAAAAGGAUGGGAGGAACCUGGGAGGCAAGUCAGAGUCCAACCGCAUCCGAAUUGAAUCCCAGGGUGAGAAAAAUGCCCUCAAGAUCCAAAACACUCGGUUGGUGGACAGUGGGACAUACACGUGCCGUGCAGAGAACCCUCUUGGGGCCACCAGUGCCGCAGCUGCAUUGGUGGUAGAUACACCAGAUUCGUACAGCCCAGGUGGUACCAGGCAUGCCAUAGACAUGGGCAACAGCCAGACCUCCCCUUUGCUGUCCCACUUGCAAAAACGACGGGAAGAAAUCCGAAAGACCGACUUUUCCAGCACGGACUCCGUGAUCUCUUCAGCAUACUCUUCUACAGAAGGACGGUCCAAAUUUGGUCUGAAUCUCUCACUGGAUUAUGAGAGGGCUGCCAGCUUGACCGCCAAAGGCCUCCGGGGUGAUGGUGGCUCAUAUUAUGGUGUGACCACGCGUACUUUCACUGUUACAGAAGGAAAACACGCCAAGAUGAGCUGUUACGUGACAGGAGAGCCCAAGCCAGAGAUAGUUUGGAAGAAGGAUGGUGAGGUGAUCCUGGAAGGCCGGAGGCAUAUCAUCUAUGAAGAUGAACAGGAGAACUUUGUACUGAAGAUCCUCUUCUGUAAGCAGGUGGACAAUGGUCUCUACACUUGUACAGCUUCCAACUUGGCUGGGCAGACAUACAGCUCUGUGCUGGUUACAGUCAAGGAACCAAGAAUACCUUUCAAGACAAAGCUAAGAGAUCUGGAAGUCCGGGAGAAGGAGGCCGCUACUUUCCAGUGUGAGGUCCCUGUUGCCACUACAGAAACCACCUGGUUCAAAGAGGAGACGAAACUUCAACAGAGCCAGAAGUACAGCAUCGAGGAAGAAGGGACCUUUCGGAAACUCACGGUCCAGAAUGUCACCAUGGAUGACGACGCUGUCUAUAUUUGUGAAAUGAAAGAAGGUAGCAGAACCAUUGCAGAACUGAGUGUCCAAGGGAAUAUUAUCAAGAAGCUGCCAAGGAAGACUGCAGUCAGUGUCAAUGACACAGCCAUAUUCUGUGUGGAGUUAGAAAACAAGUGCCAGAAGUUCCGAUGGCUAAGGAAUAAGGAAGAACUGAAGGCCAACAGCAGGAUUUCUCUAACCUCAUCCGGGAAGGAGUACAGCAUGAUCAUCCGCGAUUGCAAAAUGGAGGACACGGGAGAGAUCGUCUUUGUGGCUGAUGACUGCAGAACGUCUACCCAGUUUACUGUUUCUGCUCCAAAGAAGCCUCCCUCUCAUCCCCCAGUGGACCCAGUGGUGAAAAAUAAAACAGAAACCUCAGUGACGUUAGCCUGGUCCCCUCCUAAGAUGGAUCGCCCAAUUCCCAUUGACGGAUACCUUGUGGAACGUAAGAAACUGACCGGAUUCUCCUGGCUGAAAUGCCAUGAGUCCCCAGUCCCUGAAACUGAGUUCACCAUGAGCAACCCCCCCGAAGAGGCCGAUUACCAGUUCCGAGUGUCAGCAGUGAACAACUACGGGCAAAGUGACUACCUGGAGUUCCCGGGAACUCUGCACCUUGAACCAGUAUUGGCCGUUAGAAGUCCUCUGAGAAAUGUAGAAGUAGCCCCAGGUCGGGAUGCUACUUUUACUGUUGACCUCACUAACACUUGUUCUGGUUCAUGGUAUAUCAAUGGCACAGCUGUAGAGAACAGCGAUAAGUACAUCAUUACAAGAACCAAAACAAAGCACAGCCUCACCGUCAAGCGAGUCACAAGUGCCUUCAAAGAGGCAGAGGUGAAAUUUGUCACCAAUAACAACAUUGAAAGCAGUGCAAAAAUAAAGUUGAAAGAUGAAGUGGCAACUUUUGCCAAUGACUCAGCCCCUGGAAUUUCAGUCAAGCUCUCUGAGAAGUUUGAGCUGGUCUGUGAGGUGUCAUCUGCAACCGAGGGAGUUGUUUGGAAGAAGGGUAAAAAAGAUGUUAAGCCGGACCAAAGAGUGACAUACGUUGCUGAAGGACUGCAGCGGAAGCUCAUUGUCAAAAGUGCAAUAAAGCAAGACGAAGGGCUCUAUUCUUGUGAGACAAUGAACGACAGAUUGACAUUCCUAGUUGAGGUCAAAGAGCCAGAGGAGGUGUUUGCCAACAAGGACAAGGUGCAGAAACAGGUCAAGGUGGUCCUUUCUGAGAAUGCAUGUCUUGCCUGUGAAGUGGCCCAGGCCAAUGCAGAAGUCAGGUGGUUCAAGGAUGGGAGGCUGAUCAGGUCCAGCCAGAAGUUCAAGAUAGAAGCUGAAGGCAAAUCCCGGAGGCUGAUUGUGCAGCAGGUGGAGAAAAAGGAUGCUGGCGAGUACACCUGUGAAGCUGAUGGCCAAACCCUGACUUUCAAUGUCAUUGCGACAAGUCCCAAAGUUGUCGAAGCUGAGGAUGUAUUUGCUAACAAAGAGAAGAUACAAAAGGAGAUCAAGGCCAUCUCUUCAGAGAAUGCUACGCUCAGCUGCGAAGUGGGCCAAGCCAAGACAGAAGUGAAAUGGUUCAAAGAGGGAAAACUGAUCACCUCCAGCAAGAAAUUCAAGGUGGAAACUGAAGGCAAAUCCCGGCAACUGAUUGUGCAGCAAGUGGAGAAGAAGGAUGCAGGCGAAUACACCUGUGAAGCAGCUGGACAGAAACUGACCUUCAAAGUUACUGUAGCAGAACCUGAGGAGGUGUUUGUGAACAAAGAGAAAAUACAGAAGGAGGUCAAGGCUGUCUCUUCAAAGGAUGCAACCCUCAGCUGCGAAGUGGCCCAAACCAAGACAGAAGUGAAAUGGUUCAAAGAGGGGAAACUCAUCACCUCCAGCAAGAAGCACAAGGUAGAAGCUGAAGGCAAAUCCCGGAGGCUGACUGUGCAACAGGCGGAGAAGAAGGAUGCGGGUGAAUACACCUGUGAAGCUGGUGGCCAGAAACUGACUUUCAAAGUCACCGUUGCAGAUGCAGAAGUUGAGGAGGUAUUUGCCAACAAGGAGAAGGUCCAGAAAGAAAUCAAGGCUACCCUUUCAGAAAGUGCCUCCUUUAGCUGUGAAGUGGCUCAGGCCAAAACAGAAGUAAAGUGGUUUAAGGAUGGGAAGCUGAUCACUUCCAGCAACAAACUCAAGGUAGAAACGGAAGGCCAAAAACGCCAUCUGAUUGUACAACAGGUGGAGAAGAAGGAUGCGGGAGAGUAUACCUGUGAGGCUGCUGGCCAGAAACUGAACUUUAAGCUCAUUGUUACAGAAGCUGAGGAGGUGUUUGUGAACAAGGAGAAGGUACAGAAAGAGGUCAAGGCUGUCUCUUCAAAGGAUGCAACCCUCAGCUGCGAAGUGGCCCAAACCAAGACAGAAGUGAAAUGGUUCAAAGAGGGGAAACUCAUCACCUCCAGCAAGAAGCACAAGGUAGAAGCUGAAGGCAAAUCCCGGAGGCUGACUGUGCAACAGGCAGAGAAGAAGGAUGCAGGUGAAUACACCUGUGAAGCUGGUGGCCAGAAACUGACUUUCAAAUUCACUGUAGCAGAUGAAAAAGUUGCAGAAGUUGAGGAUGUAUUUGCCAACAAAGAGAAGAUUCGGAAGGAGAUCAAGGCUAUCUCUUCAGAAAAUGCUACUCUCAGCUGUGAAGUGGCCCAAGCCAAGACAGAAGUGAAAUGGUUCAAAGAUGGGAAACUGAUCACCUCCAGCAAGAAAUUCAAGGUGGAAACUGAAGGCAAAUCUCGACGGCUGAUUGUGCAACAAAUAGAGAAGAAGGAUGCAGGCGAAUACACCUGUGAAGCAGCUGGACAGAAACUGACCUUCAAAAUCACUGUAACAGAAGCUGAAGAGGCGUUUGCCAACAAAGAGAGGGUACAGAAGGAGGUCAAGACUGUCUCUUCAAAGAAUGCUAUCUUCAGCUGUGAGGUGGCCCAGGCCAAGACAGAAGUGAAGUGGUUCAAGGAUGGGAAACUUAUCACCUCUAGCAAGAAGCUCAAGAUAGAAGCCGAAGGCAAAUCCCGGCGGUUGACUGUGCAACAGGCAGAGAAGAAGGACGAGGGCGAGUACACCUGUGAAGCCGGCAACCAGAAACUCACUUUCAAACUUAAGGUUGAAGAGGCUGUUGAUAUAUUUGCUAAUAAGGAGAAGGUGCAGAAGGAAGUCAAGGCUGUUGUGAAAGAGAACACCGCUUUGGUCUGUGAAGUGGCCAGCUCUGAGACUGAAGUGAAAUGGUACAAAGACGGGAAGCUCCUCAGCACUAACAAAAAAAUCAAGGUGGAAUCCAAGGGCACCUCCCGAAAACUGGUCCUGGAACAAGUGGAGAAAAGGGAUGCUGGGGAAUAUACCUGUGAAGCGGCGGGCCAGAAGCUGACCUUCAAGGUUGAAGCAACAGAACCUGAGGCAAAAUUCCAAAGAAAAGGUGCCCAAGAAGAAAAGGUUGUUGUUCAGGAGCAAAAAAGCAUCGUCCUGUCGACAUCUGUGGUGCCUGAGGAUGCUGAGGUCAAAUGGCUCAAGGAUGGAGCUGAAAUCAGGGGCAACAAGAAAUAUGACAUGAAAAAAGAUGGAGCUUCUCGGACCCUGACUGUGAAGCAGGCUGAUGUCAAAGAUAUUGGAGUGUACACCUGUGAGACCAAGAAUGAUAAGCAGCAGUUCCAAGUUCAAGUCCAAGAAAUCCCAGUGAAAUUUGCCAAGAAGCUGGAGCCAGUUAAAGCUGAGAUUGGAGGGACUGUGACCCUGAGCUGUGAACUAAGCCAGCCAAAGGGCGACGUUGUCUGGCGCAAGGAUGGUGUGGAACUCAAAGCGGACAAGCGCUACCAGAUGCGUGAGAUUGGAGAAAAGCGCGUCCUGAUCAUAACAGGUCUCCGGGCAGAAGACAAAGGAGAUUACUGCUGCGAAACCAAGCAUGACAAGUGCAACAUUCAGGUCACCCCCAUAGUUCCUAGAGUGGUGAAGUUUGUCAAAGGCCUUCACAACAUAGUAGCAGAAGAAGGCAAGGAAGCCGUCUUCAAAUGUGUUGUUUCCCCUGCUGAUGCAGCCGUCACAUGGAGCCGCAACGGAACCAAAAUUGAAGCCAGUAAGAAAUAUGUCAUUUCUCAGAAGGACUCAAACCACAGCCUCACCAUCACUGACCUGACCCUGAAAGAUUCUGGGGAAAUCUCGGCAGAAGUCGAAGGGGUGCAGAGCAAAGCGAAUCUUAAAGUAGAAGAAGCCCCAGCAUUGUUUGUGAAGAAACUGGAAGCCAAAACAGUGGAGGAGAAGGAGACCGUGACACUGGAAGUAGAGUUAUCGAAGCCUACAACAGACGUGAAGUGGGUGAAGAAUGGCAGCAUGCUCCAUUCAGAUGCCAACAUGGAGAUCAAAGCUGAAGGGACAAAGCACAGCCUUGUGAUCAAGAGUGCCGCCUGUGAGGACCGUGGUUUUUAUGCCUGUGAGACCCUCCAUGACAAGACCCAGGCAAAACUAACUGUGGAAAUGAGGCCCAUCAAAGUGGUGAAGGGCCUGCAACCCAUGGAUGUCCAUGAGAAAGAUGCUGUCACCUUUGAGGUUGAGUUGUCCCAUGAGAAUGUGGAAGGAACCUGGAUGAAGGAUGGCGUGAGGCUGAAGGCUAAGGAGAAGUGUCUCAUUAGCGUCCAAGGGAAGAAACACUCACUGACGCUUUCCUCUCUCGCCAUCGAGGAUUCAGGCCUCAUAGCCUUCAAGGCAGAAGGUGUUCACACCACGGGGAGGCUUAACGUGAAAGAAAGCCCAGUGAAAAUAAUCAAACCUUUGGUAGAUAUCAAAGCUCAGCACAAGGACGCAGUCACUUUUGAGUGUGAACUUUCCAGGCCUAAUGCAGAAGUGAAGUGGCGUAAGGACGGAACUGAGCUGCGGCCAAAUAAAAAGUUUGGAAUCAUUUCCCGGGGGACUAAGAGAAGCCUCACAAUACACAAAUGUGAAUAUGAAGACCAAGGGAAAUAUAUGUGUGAUGCUGUUGAUGACAAGAGCAUUGCUGUCUUGGAGAUCCAUGCCCGAGACAUCAAGAUCGUGAAGCCACUGGAAGAUUUGGAAGUGAAGGAGAAAGAGAGUGCUUCAUUCCUCUGUGAGAUUUCGCACGAUGAUGUUGAAACCCAGUGGUUCAGCAACGAACACAAAAUCCGGGCUGGAGAUAACGUCAAGUUGCGUCAAGAUGGAAAGAGCUACCAGCUGGUUUACAGAAGUGUGGAAGUGGAGGAUUCUGCGGAGAUCAAAUUUGUGGCCGAAACAGCAGAAUCUCGAGCACAACUUAAAGUGAAAGAGCUGCCUGUAAGGUUUGUAAAACCUCUCCGUGUUAAGAUCGCCAUUGAGAAGCACCGGGGCUUUCUGGAGUGCCAAGUCUCUCGGGCCAACACAGAGGUCAAAUGGUACAAGGAUAACAAGGAGGUCCGUCCAAGCCAGAAGUAUGAGCUUGUGAGCGAUGGGCUCUACAGGAAACUCAUCAUCAAUGAGACAGAGUUUGAGGACGAGGGCAUUUACACCUGUGAUGCCAUUGAUGAGAAAAGCAGUGCUCAGUUCUAUGUGGAAGAACAAACCAUUAAUAUUGUCAAGGACCUGAAAGAUGUUGAGGUGACAGAGCCAGGUGAAGCCAGGUUUGAGUGUGAAAUCUCCAUCCAGUCUGUGAAGCCUCCCAAGUGGUCUCUGCGUGGGGAGCUGCUUCAGGCCAGCAAGGACGUCGUGAUAGAGCAAGAGGGGAGACUUCACCGCCUCAUCCUCAGGAAGACUGACGUGGACAUGACAGGCACCAUCCAGUUUGCCAUUGGCAAAGCAAAGUCCUUGGCCAACCUGGUUGUAAAAGAUCUCCAAGUGACCAUUACCCGGCAGCUAGAAGACAAGGUAGUAAUGGAAACCCACUCGGUGGUCCUCUCUUGUGAUUUCAAGCCUUCUCCAAAGGUUGUAGAGUGGUAUAAAGACCAUACCCUCAUCGAGGCCUCAGAGAGGUAUAAGCUCAAGAGAGAGAAAUACUCGGCAGAACUCAAAAUCCUGAAGCUGAACAUUGGAGAUUCUGGUGUUUACAAAUGCAAAGCUGGAAGCACAGAAACCAAAGCCACGCUGACCAUUUUAGAGCGCAAGGUGGAGAUAACCAGACACCUGCAGGAUGUGGAAAUUGAGGAGGAGGGCUGUGCUGUCUUCUCCUGUGAACUGUCUGAAGACAGCGAAGAUGUGGAAUGGUUCCUCAAUGAUACACACCUUUUCCCCAACAACUUCAAUGAAAUCAAGAGGCUGGGCAAGUCUCACAGCCUGACGCUAAAACAUGUCAUGCCAGAAGACUCAGGGACAGUGACAGUCAAGGUUCAGAAGAAGGCCUCAGAGAGCGCACGGCUGAAAGUGAAAGAGAAGCCUGCUGUCUUCAUGAAAUCCUUGGACGAUGUUGUUGGAGAAGAGCGAAGCACCAUCACACUGGAAUGCGAGGUCUCUAAGCCAAAGGUGAAACCCAUCUGGAAAAAGGAGGGUGUGGAGCUCACUCCAGGAGACAAAUAUGAGAUGCUGCAGGCAGGGAAGACUCUGGGCCUGGUCAUCCAUGAGCUCAACAAGAACGAUGCUGGCUUGUAUACCUGUGAUCUGGGUACAGAGGUCGCCAAGUCUAGAGUCAGCAUUCAAGAGCUGAAUGUCGGCAUUACGAAACGCUUAAAGAACACUGAAGUACUGGAAGGAGAGAGCUGUACCUUUGAAUGUGUCCUUUCCCAUGAGAGUGUUGAAGACUGCCGUUGGCUGAUCAAUGGGACUGAAGUGGGCCAUGAUGGACGAUUUAGGGCCUUCAACAAAGGGAGGAAAUAUACCCUCAAUAUCAAAAAAGCUCUGCCUUCUGAUGCAGGAGAAGUGGUUUUCUCUGUCCAUGACCUGAACUCUAAGGCUUCUCUGGUUGUGAAAGAAAAGCCAGCAGAAUUUACCAAGAAGCUGGAGGACAAGACCACAGUGGUGGGGCAGGAGGUUAGCUUAAGCUGCGACUUGUCCAAGUGGGACAGCAACAUUAAGUGGUGCAAGGACGGGAAGGAGAUUCGGAGGAGCCAGAAGUAUGACCUCCGGCAGGAGGGAAACCGGGCUAUAUUAAUCAUCCAUGAUGCCAUGGUCAAGGACAGUGGUGAAUACACCUGUGAGACAGAAAUCUCCAAAACCAAAGCAACACUUACUGUGGAAGAAGCAGGGAAUUGCUUCAUCAAAGACCUUUCAGACCUGAAGACAGAUGAAAAUAAAAAAGCAGUUUUUACUUGCGAAACCAAGAAGCCAGCUUCAGCUGUGAUAUGGAGGAAAGGAAUCAGUGAUCUCAAAACAAGCAAAAAAUAUGAGAUCAGCCAGAAGGGGAAUGUCCUGCAACUCACGGUGAAUGAUUUAGUGGAAGAUGACAGCGACAUCUAUACUUGUGACAUUGGCGAUACCCAGUCAAGUGCAAAACUGGUUGUACAAGCCCUGCCGGUUCUUUUUCAACAAGAACUGCAAAACAGGGAAGCUAAGGAAGGAAGCAAGGUCCGCUUGAGCUGUGAGCUUAACAAACCAGACCUACCAGUUCAGUGGAUGAAGGGCAAUGAAGUCCUGCAAGCAAGCGAUAAGUAUGAGUUCAAACAGCGGGGCACCGUGGCAGAGCUGGUCAUCCGGGAUGCAAAGAUGACAGAUGCUGGGGAAUAUACCUGCAGCAUUGGCGAACUCAAGACAUCUGCUCAUGUGGAAAUGACGGCUGCACCGCUCAUUUUCAAAGAAGAGCUUAAAGAUGCAGAAAAAGAAGAGGGGGAGGAUGUAGCUCUCCGCUGUGUGCUUGCUACACCCGAUGUCUCCAUGGCCUGGAAAAAAGGGACAACUGUUCUUCGGGCCAGUGAGAAGUACGAGAUGAAGAAAGAUGGUUGUGUAGCAGAACUGGUCAUCCACAAUGCAGAGGCAGAAGAUGCCGGGAGAUACUCCUGUGACGCUGGAGAUCAGCAGAGCAUAGCUCAGGUCAAAAUCCACGCAAUGCCUGUCCGUUUCAAAGAAGUACUAAAGAACAUGGAAGCCACACAAGGUGGAGUAGUGACUCUCCAUUGUGAGCUCAGUAAGCCUGCUCCAGUGGAGUGGAUGAAAGGGAAUAAAGGCUUGAGGCCCAGCAGCAAAUACAGAAUGAAGAAGGAAGGACCGGUUGUUGAAUUGACAAUCCAUGAUCUAGACCUGAAGGAUGCUGGAGAUUACACCUGCACCUCUGGAGACCAAAAGACAACAGCGGUCUUAACAGUGAAGGCUUUGGCAGCACAAUUCAAAACCCAAUUAAAGAACGAGGAAGCAACUGAGAGUGGGACAGCCACUCUGCACUGUGAACUGACCAAGGCAGUCGACUCCGUUGAGUGGAUGAAGGAUCAGCAAGUGCUGGAACCAAGUGACAAGUACCUCAUGAGGCUAGAAGGCCGCUUUGCUGAGCUAACUGUCCAAGAUCUGGAACUGACGGACGCUGGGAGUUAUACUUGUGUGUGCGGAGAUCAGAAAAGCACGGCGGCAUUGAAAGUGAAUGCACUGCCUGUAUUUUUCCAAGAAGAACUAAAAAGCAAAGAGGUUACGGAGGGAGAGACGGUUAUGCUGCACUGCAGGCUGAGCAAGGCUGCCCCGGUGGAGUGGCAGAAGGGGCCAAAGGCACUCAAAGCAGGUGGCAAAUACAAAAUAAGACAGGAUGGUCCCUAUGCUGAGCUGGUGAUCCAUGACUUGGAUGUGGCCGAUGGCGGAGACUACUCUUGCACAUGUGGAAGCCAGAAGACGACGGCUAGCUUGACAGUGAAUGUCCUGCCGGUGCUUUUCACCAAAACCUUGAUGGACCAAGAAGCUACAGAAGGGAAAGACAUCACUUUGCGGUGUGAGCUGAACAAAGCCUCUGCCAAUGUAGAAUGGAAGAAAGGUCUCAAAACUUUGAAGCCAGGCAGCAAACACAAAAUGAGACAAGAAGGUGCUAUGGCUGAACUAGUCAUCCAAGGCCUGGAACUCACCGAUUCAGGAAGUUACAGUUGUGUGUGUGGAGGGCAGCAGACCACAGCAUCUUUAGAAGUCAAGGCCCUGCCAGUACUAUUCAAAGAAGGGUUGAAGAACAGGGAAGCUGUAGAAGGCACUACAGCCACCCUGCAUUGUGAAAUGACCAAAGCUGGUGCUGAAGUGGAAUGGAAGAAGGGACCCAAAACCCUCAAGUCAAGUGACAAAUACCGAAUGAGGCAAGAAGGCGCUGCAGCCGAACUUCUGAUUCGAGAUCUGCAGGUGGCGGAUACAGGAGACUAUGCCUGUCUUUGUGGUGACCAAAAGACAACAGCCACCUUGACCGUUCAUGCUUUGCCGGCACAUUUCCAAGAAGAGCUCAAAAGCAAAGCAAUGACCGAAGGCGAGACGGCCACGCUCCGCUGUGAACUAAGCAAGGCUGCUCCAGUGGAAUGGAGAAAGGGAGAUCAAAUGCUCAAGCCAAGUGACAAAUAUAAAAUCAAGCAGAAGGAUAAUGUGGCUGAGCUGAUGAUCCUCAAUAUCACUGACCAAGAUGCUGGAGACUACUCCUGUAUUUGCGGUGAUCAAAAGACGUCGGCAUCUCUAACCGUGCAUGCUCUACCUCCACGUUUCAAAAUAGAGCUGAGGAACCUGGAAGCCACCGAAGGUGGAGCCGCUACUCUGCAGUGUGAGCUGACCAAGAUGGCAGCUCCAGUGGAGUGGAAGAAGGGCAAUGAAGCCCUCAAGCCAAGUGCCAAAUAUGAAAUGAAGCUGGAAGGUGUUGUUGCUCAGCUUGUCAUUCACAGUUUGGAACUGUCUGAUGCUGGAGAUUACAGUUGUGCGUUUGGCGAUCAGAAGACCUCCGCUUCUUUAACAGUGAAGGCUCUCCCUGCCCUCUUCAAGAGAGGCAUGGAGAAUCAAGAGGCCCUGGAAGAUGGGACUGUUGCUUUCCAGUGUGAGCUGACAAAACCGUCUCCGGUGGAGUGGAGGAGGAAGCAUAAGUUACUCAAGCCGAGUGACAAAUACAAGAUGAGACAGGAAGGUGUUCUCUCAGAGCUUGUGAUCUUCAACCUGGAGCCUAAAGAUGCUGGAGACUACUCCUGUCUGUGCGGUGACCAGAAAACAACUGCUGCUCUAACAGUGCAUGCCCUCCCACCACAAUUCAAAAUGGAGCUGAAGGACAUGGAGGCCACUGAAAACGGAGCAGCCAAACUACGCUGUGAACUCACCAAGGCUGCUCCGGUGGAGUGGAAGAAAGACGAAAAGAAACUAGAAGAAAGCAGCAAAUGCCAAAUAAGACAAGAAGGGACCGUCGCAGAACUGAUGAUCUGUGAAUUAUACAUUCAGGACACUGGCCGUUACACCUGUAUAUGUGGAGACAAGAAAACCACAGCUGUUCUAACAGUUCACGCCUUGAAGCCUGAUUUCAAGCAACCUCUGAAGAAUGAGAAAGCAGAAGAAGGUGCAACAGCCCGGUUCCGCUGCGAAGUAACCGUUGGCAAGGCCCCAGUGGAGUGGAGGAAAGAUGGCGCGGUGCUUCAUUCUGGUCACAAACAUGAAAUGAAACAGGAAGGCACCAGCCGUGAGCUACUUAUUCACAACCUGGAGCCUAAAGACAGCGGAGAGUACUCCUGCACCACCGGAGAUCAAACCACGUCUGCAACAUUAACCGUGAAGGAACUUGACAUCACCAUCACCAAGGGCCUGAAGAAUGCCGAGGUGUUUGAGGAUGAAGAUGUGACCUUUGAGUGCAAAGUCUCCCAUGACAAUGCAAGGGAUGUGGAGUGGAAGCUACAGGAUGCCUCUCUUCAGAGCAAUGAGAUGAAUGAGAUCUCUGUUGAAAAAGGCAGGAUCCACACACUGAGAUUAAGAAAGGUUACCCAGCAAGAUUCCGGCACCGUCACUUUCCGAGUUGGACCAUAUACCUCAACAGCACAGCUCACGGUAAAAGCCCCACUUCCUAUAUUUAAAGAGGAGCUUGUGAAUAAAGAAUUGCAAGAGGAUAGCACAGCCAUCCUGAAAUGUGAGGUCUCCCAGCCGAAUGUCUCAGCAAUGUGGAAGAAGGGCACCCAAGUGAUUUCUCCGAGCUCCAAAUAUGAGAUCAAGCAAGAAGGAACAAUCCACAUCUUAAAGAUUUAUAAUGUAAAGCCAGAGGACUCUGGCAAAUAUGUUUGUGAUAUUGGAAACCAGAAAACCACAGCAACUAUAUCAGUUGAAGCCAUCCCAGUCCUUUUUGAAGUUCAUCUUGAAAACCAAGAAGUCGAAGAAGGCUCAACCAUCACCCUCCUGGCUGAGCUCUCUAAACCCGAUGUGCCUGUGAAGUGGAUUAAAGGAUCAGCCAAGCUACGACCCAGUGCUAAGUAUGAAAUGAGGCAAAGGGGCUCUACCGUUGAGCUUCUCAUUCAUGAUGCACAGCCUGAGGACUCUGGGGACUAUACCUGUGACUCAGGUGACCAUCAGACCACAGCAUCUGUAUUUGUAAAAGCUUUGCCAGUGCUAUUUAUUAAGUUUCUUGAGAACCAGGAGGCUGAGGAAGGAGGCACUGUCACUUUCAGUUGUGAGAUCUCUAAACCAGGUGGAGCCGUGCAAUGGAAAAAGGAAGGGUCGCUCUUACGGUCCAGUGACAAAUACAAGAUGAAGCAAGCAGGUGCCGAGGUAGAGCUGACUAUCUGUAAGCUGAACGUUGCUGAUGCCGGGGAGUACACUUGCAGCACACAAGACCAUAAGACUUCUGCUACUCUUCUGGUGAAAGAACCACCAGCUACCAUCGUGGAGGGGUUGAAAGAUAUCACCUUGUAUGAAGAUGAAGAUGCAGUGUUUCAGUGCAAGAUCUCCCAGGAGAAGGCUAAAGAUGUGGAGUGGAGUCUAGCAGGAGUGCCUCUCCAGUCCAAUGAAAUGAAUGAGAUUGCAGUGCAAGGGAAGGUUCACACGCUCACCCUCCGGAAGGUCGCAAUUGAAGACUCUGGUGCUGUGACUUUCAGAGUGGGCCAGAAUACCUCAGAGGCUCGACUGACUGUGCAGCCUGCACCUGUAAUCUUCAUAAAGCAACUGGAGAACAAGCAAGUCGAUGAGAAUGCCACAGCCAUCUUCUCUUGUGACCUCUCCAAACCCAGCAUCCAUCUGGAAUGGAAGAAGGGCUCAGCCACAAUCCAGCCCAACCAGAAGUUUGAAAUCAAGCUAGAAGGAACUAAACACACUUUGAUCAUUCAUAAUGUGGUCCCUGAAGAUGCAGGAGAGUACAGCUGCAGUACAGCCGACAGAAAGACCACAGCCACUCUCAAGGUUAAAGCUCUCCCUGUGCUUUUCAAGCGUGGCCUCCAGAACAAGGAGGUUGAGGCAGGGAACACAGUGUCUUUGCGAUGUGAGCUCUCAAAGGCCAUGGCUCCAGUGGUGUGGAAGAAGGGGAAUGUGGUCCUUCAGUCCAGUGAUAAGUAUGAGAUCAGGCAAGAAGGGAACUUUGCAGAGCUCCUCAUCUAUGACUUGGAAGCUCAGGAUGAGGGGGAUUACACCUGCGAUUCACGAGACCAGCAGACAACAGCUAAGGUGAAGAUUAAAGCUCUGCCAGUGCUUUUUACAAAAGGAUUGCAGAAUGUGGAAUCAGAAGCAGGGGGAAAGGCUGUGUUGCACUGUGAGAUCUCCAAACCCGAUGCUCCCAUUGAAUGGAGAAAAGGAGCCUUAGUUCUCCAGCCCAGUGCCAAGUAUGAGAUGCAGCACAGAGGCACCACCAUUGAGCUGAUCAUUCAUGAUUUGGAACCCGAGGAUUGUGGACCCUAUACAUGCAGCACUGGAGACGAGCUGUCCACCUGCUCUGUUUAUGUACAAGAAGAAGAAUUGCAGAUAGUUUCUGGUUUAAAGAACACAGAUGUCUUUGCGGGCGAAACAGCCACUUUUACCUGCGAGCUCUCACACUCCAGCAUGCAAAAUGUACAGUGGUGGCUGGACGGCUCUCCCCUUCAGAACAGCUCUGUGAACGAAAUCUCUGUGCAAGAUGGAAAAAUGCAUACGUUGACACUAAAGGACCUGGGGCCUAAUGAUUCAGGAACAGUGACCUUCCGGGCAGGGCCCCUCAAAUCCUCUGCUAAAUUAUUAAUCAAAGAUCCGACCAUUGAGGUGGUCAGCCCCAUGCAAGACAUCACCAUCGAUGAGGCCGGCACAGCUGAAUUCGUCUGCCAAUACUCCAGGCCUGUGCAGACCAGGUGGAUGAGGAAUGACCAGGAGGUCCAUGCCGAUGGCCAACGGAUUGUCAUUGAGCAGGACUGGAAUGUGGCCAAGCUUAAAAUCCAGCCAGCUCUUCCAGGGGAUACAGGCAUCUAUGCUUGCGAAGCUGGAGGAACAAAAGUGGUGGCCAUGCUUGAUGUUCAAGCCAAGAACACAAUCAUCCAGGGCUUAGAGAAUGUCGACGCCAUGGAAGGCGGUGAAGCUUUGUUUGAAUGCUACCUUUCCAAACCAGAGUGCUACAACUACAACUGGCUGAUUGAUGACGAACCCGUCAAAACCUCUGAAAAGACCGAGAUGGUUUAUUUUGAAAAUGGACUCCGGCAUCUCCUUCUCUUGAAGAACCUCACUUUGCAAGAUAGCUGCAGGGUGACCUUCCAGGCGAGCGAUGUGGUGACAUCUGCAUUCCUGACUGUGAAAGGAUGGCGCCUAGAAUUCUUGCAGCCAUUAACUGACACCACAGUCACGGCUGGAGAUAAAGCUGUAUUCACUUGUGUUUUAAGUGAAGCAGUGCCAGUCCAUGAGGUUGCUUGGUACAUCAAUGAUGUGGAUAUCCAACCAGAUGAAACCUGGGGGAUCCAGGCAGAUGAGAAUAGCUAUACGCUCAUACUCAAGAAAGCCCAACCGUUUCAUUCUGGAGAGGUGACAUUUGCUGCAAGGGAUGCCAUUGUGUCAUGCAAGUUGUCUGUCAUAGCCCUCCCUGACCCUCCUGAAGAGCCGGAGAUCUUAAGUAAGACCAGCCACUCAGUCACCUUGUCCUGGUUCAAGCCACUCAACAAUGGGGGCAGCGACAUCAUAGGCUACAAUGUUGAACUGAAAAGCCCAGACAGUGACUGGCAGCCAUGCAACACUGAAGUUAUCCCAAGCACAGAGUUUGUGGUGGACAAUCUCACAGCAGGCAAGCCGUACAGAUUCCGCAUUUCAGCCGUAAGCAAAGGGGGUGCUGGCAAACCAGUGCAUUUGCCUCAAAGUGUGCAGCUAGUUUCGGAGUUAAUUUCAGUCACUCGCCCGUUGUUUGACAAGUCUGCAGUGGAAGGGGAGAAGACUCGGUUAGAGUGCGAAUUAUCCAGUGAAGCUCAAGAUGUGGUUUGGUUCAAAGGAAAAGAACCGGUCCAGCCUGGGGGGAGAUACGAAAUCAGCUCUGAAGGCAAGAAGCAGACACUCAUCAUCCAUGGUUUUAAACCUGAAGAUCAAGGGUCAUAUACUUGCAUGGCAUCUCCUAAUGCCAAAACAUCUGCCAACCUUUCUGUCGAAGUUUCUCCAGUGUCGAUGUUGAAAGCAGGCGUUGAGGAAGAGGCAGUAGAUGACCAGAUGCAACCUAGCUUACCACCUGAAGCUGCUCAAGAGGGUGACCUUCACCUCUUAUGGGAAGCUCUUGCCAAGAAGCGUAGAAUGAGUCGGGAGCCAACCUUGGAUUCAAUAAGUGAAUUGCCUGAAGAAGAUGACAAACUUCAGAAACGGAAGAAGGAAGAAGCUGAGACAAUACAGUACUACUCAGAAGAAUACUCCACUUGUGAUGAGUCUGCUAAAGCAGGAGAAGCAGAUUUCUCCUUUACCAGUUCAGAUGAUGAGUCAAGAUCGGGAACGCCUUCCCUAAUCAAUUAUCUCAAAAAGGCUGGCUCCUCCAAGGUUAGCGUCACUAGUAAAGUCCAGACCUUCUCUGCCGAGAAAAUCUAUAAGCAGUGGGAGAAGGCAGGAACUGAGGAAGUUCCUCCUGCUAAGCCAACUGAACUAGAAACUGUAGAAGGAGACUUGGAUGACCCUUCCAUGGCUCAGGCAGCUGUAAAAAUCCAGGCUGCUUUCAAAGGGUAUAAAGUGAGGAAAGAGAUCAAGCAGCAAGAAUGUCCCGUGUUUGUUGAGACCUUCAAAGACUUCUUUGGUGAACCAGGGGGUAACCUACAUCUUGAAUGUGUGGCCCAAAGCAAAACUGAUAUGAAAGUUCGCUGGAUGAAAGAUGGCAGUGAAAUUUUUGAUGGGCGCCAUUAUCAUAUCGACAUUUACAGUGAUGGGACCUUUUCCUUGAUUAUCACUGGCCUGGAAAUGGAUGACAUGGGUAAAUAUACAUGUGAAGUGUCCAACAAAUUUGGCAAGGUCUCCCACAGUGCCAAGGUGACCGUAAGAUCCCCUCCUGAAGCACCUGUGCGCAAGCACAAGCCUGCCAAAAAGCGUAUCGAGAGUGAGGCGGAGAGCUCUUCCGGCAGCGAGUUGGAUGAUGCCUUCCGCAAGGCAGGGAGGAGGCUUCAUAAACUGUUCAAAUCCAAAAUCUCUACAGAAAUCUCCGAUGUAGAGGAGGAACUCUUUGUCAGUGCAGAUGAGGGAGAGAUAGAGGUGGUAGACCACCAGACCUACCGUGAAGAUGAAAGAUACAUCUACAUCAAGUUUGAAGUUAUGGCUGAGGCCAAAACAGCAGCUAGCCGGUUUAGAGAGAUGUUUGCUGCUAUGGGUAUUCCUGUUGAGAUUGACAUCCUGGAUCAAGGCUCCAAGAAGUUAGAACUGCGUAUUGGGAAAGCCACGCCACCUGUGCCAGGGCAACUGCGGACCUUGGUGAAACGCCCACCACCUCCAUUGUUAACAUCUGAUACUGCUCCUAUCUUCAUAACUGAACUUCAAAACCAAGAGGUGCAGGAUGGCUAUCCAGUCAGUUUCGACUGUGUUGUUAUUGGUAAACCCACCCCUUCCGUCCGGUGGUUCAAGGACGGGAGAGUCAUUGAAGAAGAUGAUCACUACAUGAUCAAUGAGGAUCAAGAGGGCUGCCACCAGCUGAUCAUCACUGCUGUAGUUCCCCUUGACAUGGGGGUCUACCGGUGUCUGGCCGAAAACAGCAUGGGAGUGUCUUCAACAAAAGCUGAGCUACGAGUAGACUUAACCAGCACAGAUUAUGAUACAGCAGCAGAUGCAACAGAGACCUCAUCCUAUUACAGUGCCAAAGGGUAUCUCUCCAGCCGAGAACAAGAAGGAGUAGAAUCCAUGACUGAAGAGGAACAGCUGCCACAGAUCCUGGAUGAACUUCAUGACAUUCAUGUAGCCCCCGGAGCACCACUGGCCAAAUUCCACCUGAAGGUUAAAGGCUACCCAGAGCCUCGGCUUUACUGGUUCAAAGAUGGCCAGCCAUUGCAUGUGUCACAAAGACUGUUAAAGACAGACAAGAGGGAGUUUCAUGCUCUUGAAAUUCGUAAUGUCACAAAGGAGGACACUGGCCAGUACUCGGUAUUUAUUAGCAACUCUGCUGGUUCUGCAUACUCAGCAGCCAGAUUGGUUGUCAGAGGCCCUGGUGAGAAAGAAGAAGAGCCACGAAAAGAUGUUCAUGAGCAGCUGGUACCACCAAGAUUCCUUGAAAGAUUUACCAACAAAAAAGUGAGAAAAGGCGUCAGCAUUACUCUUUCUGUGAAAGUUGAAGGAAGUCCACCACCCUCAGUGACUUGGUUGAAGGAAGAGUCUCAUGGGGAAGACAUCCUCUGGAUCAAGCCAGACACUCCCGGUUAUAAACUUGCCAGUUCCAGUAUGCAACACAGCCUAAUCUUACUGGAUGUGAAAAAGGGAUUCAGUGGAAACUAUACUUGCAUCGCCUCCAAUCAGGCUGGCCAGUCCAUCUGCAGUGCAACUCUAGAAGUUUUAGAUGUGAAAGAGGCUGAAUCUCUGACCCAGGAGCGUGUGAUGGUGACUGAGGCUAUAAUGACAUCUCUUGGAGGUGGGAUUUCAGCUCAACCGCCUGGAGCCCAAAAAGGAGAACGUAUGGAAGAGGAAGCUGUGCGGAGCCACAUUUCACUUGCUGAGGUUGGCACUGAGGAAUUUCUCCAGAAACUGACUUCACAGAUCACAGAAAUGGUAUCUGCAAAGAUAAGUCAAGCUACACUUCGAAUUCCUGGAGCUGACAGUGACGAUGAAUCAAAAACACCAUCUCCAUCCCCACGGCAUGGCAGGUCUAGGCCUUCCUCCACUGCUCAGGAGUCUUCUUCAGAAUCUGAUGAAGGGGAUGCAAGAGGAGAGAUUUUUGACAUCUACAUGGUCACUGCUGACUACCUACCCAUGGGCGCUGACCGUGAAACCAUCUCCCUGAAGGAAGGGCAAUAUGUGGAGGUCCUGGAUUCUGCUCAUCCUCUGAAAUGGCUGGUCAGAACCAAACCCACCAAGUCCAGCUCCUCAAGGCAAGGUUGGGUCUCUCCAGCCUUUCUGGAUAAGAGGUUGAAGCUGUCUACAGAGUGGGGUGUUCCAGAGAUUCCAGAAUUCCCUGGUGAAUCUGUUUCAGAGGAUGAAUAUAAAAAGAAGCUGAGCCUCCUUAUUCAGGAUCUGCUGAACUCCGAGGAGGAGUUUGUUAAGGACCUGCAGUUCCUCCAGACUCAUCACAUUCAAUACACUGAAACUUGCCCCAAUAUCCCUGCUGCUGUUUCCAGUCAGAAGCUCAUUAUCUUCAGAAAUGUCACUGACUUGACGCACUUCCAUUUCAGCACCUUCUUCCCAGAGCUUCAGAAAUGUGACACUGAUGAUGACGUGGCUAUGUGUUUUAUUAAGAAUGAAGGGGAAUUUGACAAAUACAUCCAGUAUCUGGUGGGUCGUAUACAGGCUGAGUCAGUUGUAGUCAGUAAAGCAGUCCAGGAGUUCUAUAAGCGAUAUACAGAGGAAACAUUAUCCAGUGAGGAUCCUUCUCAGCCACCUGUGUUUCCUCUGCAACACUACUUAGAGAAACCAAUAAACAGGAUCCAGAAGUAUCAAACAGUAAUCAAGGAACUAAUCCGAAACAAAGCAAGGAAUAGUCAAAACUGUGCACUGCUGGAGCAAGCGUACGCUAUUGUGUCUGCACUUACUCGACGAGCAGAAAAUAACCUCCAUGUGUCUCUCAUUGAGAACUAUCCGGGAACCCUGGAAAUCUUAGGAGAACCCAUCCGACAGGGACAGUUCAUUGUAUGGGAAGGAGCACCUGGAGCUAGAAUGGCAUGGAAAGGACAUAAGCGGCAUGUCUUCCUCUUCAAGAAUUAUCUUCUAGUGUGCAAGCCCAAACGAGACACCAAAACAGACACUUACAGUUACAUCUUCAAGAACAUGAUGAAGCUGACAAACAUAGAUGUGAACGAUAUGGUGGAAGGGGAUGAUCGGGCCUUUGAGAUUUGGCAUGAGCGGGAAGACUCAGUCCGCAAAUAUCUGUUUCAAGCCAGGACAGUCAUCAUCAAGAACUCUUGGGUGAAGGAAAUCUGUGGUAUCCAGCAGCGCAUCAGCCUCCCUGUAUGGGAUCCCCCAGAUUUUGAGGAGGAACUGGCUGACUGUACAGCUGAACUUGGAGAAACGGUCAAAUUAGCCUGCCGAGUAACAGGAACACCCAAGCCAACUGUCACGUGGUAUAAAGAUGGUAAGCCUGUGGAAGUGGAUCCUCAUCACAUCAUCAUUGAAGAUCCUGACGGCUCCUGCACAUUGAUCCUUGACAACCUCACAGGUGUUGAUUCAGGGCAAUACAUGUGCUACGCUUCCAGCCCAGCUGGCAAUGCCAGUACCCUAGGAAAGAUUCUUGUUCAAGUGCCUCCCCGGUUCGUGAACAAGGUUAAACAUGCCUAUUAUGCCGAUGGGGAAGAUGCACAGUUUACAUGCACCAUUGAAGGUGCACCUUAUCCACAGAUCAGAUGGUACAAAGACGGAAAUCUGCUGACUGACCCAAAUAAACACCAGAGUUUUAGUGAACCACGGAGUGGCGUCAUAGUUCUAGUGAUCAAAAAUGCCUCCAAAGAUGAUGUGGGAUUCUAUGAAUGUGAGCUGGCAAACAGAUUGGGAACAGCAAAGAGUGGUGCUCAGCUCUAUCACCAGAGUGCAGCAGCAUUGGCCCAAGAGGGGAGAAGACCAGAUCAAGCCAUUACAAUCGAAGCUGGAAAGCGGGGUCUUACUGCCAAAAUCCCAGACAAAGGUGAAAAAAGUCCAGUCAUUGCUCAAAAAGACACAACUCUGCAGGACAAUGGGAUUCAGGAGCAUGGCGUUCCCGCUGCAAGAACACCCCAAAUGAUGGAUGGAGCAGAAGGGCGCAGGGAUGAUGGAGCUGAUAUCCUGGAUAUAGAGAGACAAGUUUGUAUUGCAGCUAUUGAGAGAACCUGCAUCCCUAAAACUACAGAGAAAGCUGCAGCAAGCCCACCAUACAUGCAGGUGACGAUUGAGGAUGUGCAAGUCCGGUGUGGGGAGAUGGCAAAGUUUCACGCCAUCAUUGAAGGAGAUCCUCAGCCACUUGUUUUGUGGUUUAAGGGCAUUUCAUUGUUGACAGACAGCGAAAGAAUUCAUCAGUUCAAUGAAGGCACAAGAUACUCCUUGAUUCUUUACAACACUGGACCAGAGGAUGGUGGUGUCUAUACUCUCAUUGCAAAAAAUACAGGAGGAGAGGUCUUAUGCAAAGCUGAACUUGUGGUUCAGGAAGAUAAGAAAAGCCAAGAGGCAAGGAAAGAAAGUACAAGAAGAAAGCUUCAUUCCAUCUAUGAAGUCAAACAAGAAAUAGGAAGGGGUUCCUUUGGCUUUAUCAAGAGGGUGGUCCACAAAGACAACCGAGCAUCAUAUGCUGCCAAGUUUAUACCCCUCCGGAGCAAAACAAGGGAUCAGGCCUAUCGAGAAAAGGACAUUCUGGCCACUCUGUCCCACGAAAGGAUCACUCAGCUUCUGGAUCAGUUUGAAACACGCAAAACUUUAAUCCUUAUCUUGGAGCUAUGCUCAAGUGAAGAGCUCCUGGAAAGGCUGUUCAAGAAGAACGUUGUGACGGAAGCAGAGGUCAAGAUAUAUAUCAAACAACUUUUGGAAGGGAUUGCGUAUCUCCAUGAAAACCAAGUGCUUCACUUGGACAUCAAGCCCCCAAACAUCUUGAUGGUUUAUGAUGACCGGGAUGACAUUAAGAUAUGUGAUUUUGGCUUUGCUCAGAAGAUAAAUCCAGCUGAGCCUCAGUACAGUAAAUAUGGAUCUCCAGAGUUUGUCUCACCAGAAAUUCUCACCCAGUCACCAGUUUCAACAGCUUCUGAUAUCUGGCCUGUUGGAGUAAUUAGUUACUUAAGUUUGACAUGCAAGUCUCCAUUUGCCGGGGAAAAUGACAGAGCAACCCUCCUAAAUAUUCAGAGCGGAACAAUUUCCUGGGAUAUUCCGGAGUUUGCUCAUUUGAGCAAAGAAGCAAAAGACUUUAUCGGAAAGAUGCUGCAACUAUCUCCAGAGGCAAGGCCUGGUGCGAUGGAGUGCCUCUCCCACACUUGGUUUGAGCACAACCUCCCACUUGAAGCCUCUCAUUUUAUAGAUACAAAGCAGCUCAAAUUCUUUGUAUCUCGAAGCAAAUGGCAGCGUUCCCUUAUGAGCUACAAAUCUGUCCUGGUAAUGAGACCCAUCCCAGACAUCCUGGAGAAAACCCAUCAGACCACUUCUCUUGGCAUUUCCCGACAUUUAGUGGAAGAGAGCAGCUCGUCUAGCACAAGCGGGUCAUCUUCAGACAAUGAAAUUGCAGUGUCCCCGGGGAGAAGACAGCUUGGUCCCACACCAGAAUUUCACCUAUCUGUGUUUGAGGGAACUGAUUAUCCAGAAUAUCAUCCCUUCUUAGCUGAGGGCAAACCUUUAGAAACCUCAUUGCCACCCACUAGACGUAAACAGGUACCAGUCAAGGGGCAAGAAAGUGAAGAACAAAUGCCCUUGGCAUCAAGAGAAACCAGUAUGGAGUUAUCUGACUCUUCACAAGAUAAAGCAGGUUUGUUAGUUCCAGAAGAAGGCAGAAUUGAAGGGGCUGAAGCAGGAAGGUCCCCUGGAUGUGUCCCUAGGCACAGUGUUAUAAAAAGUACUUUCUACAGCCAGCCAUCUGAAAGUCUUGCAAAUGUUCCCUCCUCACCAGGCAAGGAGCACAGGAAGCAUUUAGAAAGAGCAAAGAGAACAUAUAGGAAAUCAGGAUAUUCAAAAUCAGCUUUAAGUGGUCUGCGCGAACCCCUCCUAGAGCAGUUUGAAUUUGGGGAAGAAGGAGUUGAAGGGAUAUCUGGUGACGAAGAAAUGGAAAGGUCCAGGGAAGGGGGACCUCUGAUGAUCAAAUCGGCUUCUUUUGAUACUGCCCAGAAAUCACCCCCAAUUACCUUCCAAGUGACCAGCAGAAGUCGUUCUCUGGAUGAUUACAAGAUAAGAGCGGCAAGCUUUGCUGAGGAGCACUACAUUGAGGAAGAAGAAAGUGACCAAGUUCCCCAGGGCAGUCCUGUGAAGAUCACUCAUCAGAGUCAUGUUUCUGACUCUGGCAGAGAAGAUGGCUUUGAGAAGACAUCUGCAGGAGAAGGCACAAAGAAAGCUAAACCAGAUUAUCCCAAGAAGCAGCCACAGCUUGGUGUUCAGCAGAGCUCAGCUGAGGUUGCACAACAGCAAAAGAAAGCUUUGGUUGCAACACAGCCCCCUGGAAAACAAGAGGGCUUACUUCAGGAAACAAAGAUGUCUCUUCCCGCUCAGGUGGGAACACCUGUUUUAGGAGGGGAAGGUCUAAUCCUAACUGAUCAGCAAGCGGAUAUAACCUCAGGGCUAGUCCAGAAGGAUGAAGGCAAGGAGAGAACAUCAGUGACAGCUCCAGUGGUUCCCCAUGGCAGUGAGAAGGGGAAAUGUCUUCCUCCUGAGACAAAACUAACAGCUUCCCAAAGUGAAGAAGGAACUAGAGCUCUCCAGAGUGAAAGCUCUGCUCCUUUGAAGCCUGUUGGUAUUCAGGGAACAUAUCAAAGUGGGGUUCCUUCCACUCAAGGUGAGAUCCAACAAGUUGCUGUGGCCAAGGGCAAGAGCCCAGGGAUCCUACAGCCUGUGUCAGUGGGCGAAGGCCAUUCACUGUUACACCAGAAGCCUUCAGUUAGCACCGAAAUGGUAUCUGUGGCCCUGAAAAGUAAAAGUACUGGUAUUCCUGUUUCACAAGCAGACGUAUCUGCUGCAUCAGUCCCUGGAGGAAAAGACAAGAUUCUCCUUCAAAAGCCUUCAGAUGUUGCAAAAUCAGCUGCAAUAGAAGGGAAAGGCCAAUUUAUUUCUCAAGCAAAAGCUGUCCCAAUUUCCAUCUCAGACAGCAAAAGCCAGAAGUUUUUAUACCAAGCACCUGCCAUGCCUGGUAAGAUGAAACCGCCUGAUAUAAAAGGUGAAAGUCCUGUUUGUAUAGAGACUGUGCCCUCUUGUAUAUCUGGGGGAGAAAGCCAACCAGUUUUACAGCAACAGCCUCCUGUUUACAGCGGAAUGGCUCCUAGUGCCCUCCAAAAUGCACCAUCUGUUACUCAAACUGCUUUCCAAGCACAGAUCUCUCCUGGGUCAAUGGCCCAUGAAGAAAGGCAAAAGAGCUCCUUUACAAAGCUCCCCAUUUAUAGAGAAGCUGUGUCUGUUCCCAGCGAAGUUAAAAGUCUCCCUCAACAAGGAGAAAGUGUCCAUAUGUUGAUUCAUGAAGGGAAACCUCAGACACAUCUACAGCAGGAACCUUCUGUUUCAGAAUUGGGGAAACCUUUUCUCUUGGAAGAGGAGAGACAACCACCCACAGUUAUUUCAAAAGCAGGCUCAGUUCUAGUUUCUGUGGGUGACAGACAGGAACCGGUACAUAAGAAAUCUCUGAUUCAGGGUGAUUUUGCUUCUGCUGUCCCAAAGGCUAAAAGUCCCCAGACUUUAAUGGCUUCACAGGUUUCUCCUUCUGAGGCUGGAAAUCAAGAAUUCCUUCAUCACAGGCCACCUGCUCAUGGUGAGGGAAAGCCAGCUCUCCAAAGAGGCCCUGGUGCAUCUCUUUCGGGCUUCUCUCAAGCAAAAGCUGUACCAUUUUCAACCCUUGGGGAGAGAGACUCAAUUUGGCUAAAGCAAACCUCAGUUUCCACAGUUGGAAGAAGAACCAGGGAAGGCAUCCCUCAGAAACCUUUUGUUUACAGUGACACAGAGGCUGAAGCUCUGGAGAACUUAGUAGACGAAAUGGUUUGCUUGUCAAAAGAGAUGACUGCUUGGGCAGAGCAAGAGGGAUUCAAGAGGAACAUCUCUCCACCAAGAGAGAUGUUUUUGCAAGGCUCUCCUGGGCAACCAGGAAGAUCACUAGCCAAGUAUCUUGUGCGCAGAGGAAAAAGAGAAGGAGGCAUUGGCUUGGCAGAUCCCUCAGAAGUAGAUAUUAUUUAUCCUGGAGAAGAAGACCUUUUCAUGAGCAAAAAAGCACGAAUGUCACCCUCAUAUGAAGGCAACAUCCUGGAUUAUGGAGGUCCAGACACACCCAUGGAAUCUCAGUUUGCUAGUUCUGAGUUUUGGGACCGAUUCUAUUAUUCAGGCAGCCAAGGAAGUGGCCAGAUGUAUGACCGGAUGUAUGAAAUUGCUUUAGUGCAGAUUCAGGAUCUCUCAGAAGACAUGCCCCGUCCUGACAGCAAAACAGCCAAAUUUGACAUCUCUGAGGUAGAGCCUGCCUUCCUCAAUCUGUAUGAGCUCUAUGACAUUGUGUAUUACCCCUUUGAGUUCCUCAGCUUCAGGAAAUCUCCUGAGAAGUUGCCCAGGAAAAGACGUUUCCCUUUGGGUGAAAGAGCCAGGUUGCAGCCUGGAAUACAUGCUUAUUUGCAUCGGGAGAAAAAAAUAUGUGUCAGGGAAGACAGCUUGCAAGGGGAGACUCUAAUAAGGGAAACAUACAAAGGUGAAGAGCAAACGGCACCUACCCCUGAGCUGGAGACAAUGUCAAGACCAACCAAAGCACUCAUGAUAGGAAAAAGGUCUGAAUCAGAAAGCGAUAUACCUGUUGAGUCUCAACAAAUUUAUGUUCUCUCAGAAGAUCCAUCUGGGAAGAGGAGGAGCUCUCUACAGAGCAGAGUGGGGCGCUUCAAGCCUUUUGUCAGGUCUCAGUCCAUGGAACUGGUAGAGCAAAGUCUAAAGAAGAAGAUGAAAGCAUCAGUUGCCCACCUUUCCAGGAUGCUGACAAGAAAAUCAUCUUCUGAUGAAGAAAGCAGGGAAGACUCUGAAGAGCGGAAGAGUGAGCUGCAAGAGAGAGUGUCCUUGACAGAGGCUUCUGGGAGUGUGAAGAAGAGGACAGCAUUCCCUUCAUUCACCCUUCCAAGCCUCAAAAUGAAGGAGAAAGCACCAUCGUUUGUAGAAGAGCUUACUGACCAGACCAUUUCUUUGGGCCAGUCUUUAACGCUCUCCUGCCGGACAUCUGCCCAUUCAUCUCCUCGUAUUGAAUGGUUCAAAGAUGGAGCAGCCAUUCGCAGCACAGAUCGGAUCCUCAUCUCAUCUACACUCAAACAUUACCAGCUUUUAACAAUAUUAGCAGCUACAAGAGACGAUUUUGGCACUUACACUUGUGUGGCCACCAACUCCCAAGGCACCGUUUCUACCUCCUGUGUAAUCAGGAAAGCAGAGGCACCUUCCAAUCCUCCAGCUCCUGAUAUUGUUGAAGUCCUUGAAGAUGGAGUGCAGCUGGCAUGGAAACCAGUGGAACUGAAAACCCCUGUGACUUACACUGUUCUGUGCAAAAAGGAUGAUGGGGAAUGGAAGACUUUGGCCAGUGACAUCUCAGACUGCUGCUAUACUGUGGAACAUCUCCCUGAGGGUUUGGUGUACUCCUUCCGUAUCGCUUGUGUCACCAAAGCUGGUGUGGGUCCCUAUAGCAACCCAACGGCCAAAGUGAAAAUUGGUGAAAGAGAUCAAGAUGCAUUCCAGUCUCAGGAGGCAGAGGACAGCAAAAUGACGGCUCCAGCUCAGGCAACCCACCAGACAUAUGCCUUCCAGACGGAGAUUAAAAGAGGACGUUUCAGCAUCAUCAAACAGUGCAGAGAAAAGCUCAGUGGAAAUCCCUUGGCUGCCAAAAUCAUUCCCUAUAGACAGGAAGACAAGGAAGCAGUGCUCCAGGAGUAUCACAUUCUGCGGAAACUUCAUCACACGAACAUAGGGCAACUGCAGGGGGCUUAUGUCAGCCCACGUCACCUGGUGCUGAUCAUGGAACUAUGUGUUGGGCCUGAACUCCUUAAUGCCCUGGCUGGAAGGUCAUUCUACUCAGAGGUAGAGGUCAGAGACUAUCUCUGGCAGAUGCUCAGUGCUGUUGAGUACCUUCAUGCUCAGAACAUUCUUCACUUGGAUCUAAGAUCUGAAAACAUGAUUAUCACAGAGCCAAAUCUGCUUAAAAUCCUGGACUUUGGCAAUGCUCAAUUCUACAUGCCUGACCGAAUCAUUACUUUGGAAGGGUGUACAGACUAUGUGGAAACUAUGGCUUCAGAACUUCUCUCAGAUAAAGGAGCUGUCCCUCAGACUGACAUCUGGGCUAUCGGUGUAACAGCCUUCAUCAUGUUAAGUGCUGAAUAUCCCAUCAGUGCUGAGCCUGCUUGUGACUUUGGGAGGCUUGUCAAACGUGAGAAGAUCAAGCUGAACAAAUGCUAUGCUGGCCUUUCGGGGGGGAGCUGUUUCAUUCCUCCAAAGCACACUUUCCUCUAAUCCAUGGAGGCGGCCGACAGCCUCUGAAUGCCUCCAGUCUCCGUGGCUGCAAGAGACUGGCCUGGACGAGAGGCAGCAAGCCACGGUUACUUUCUCCACCACCAAACUGAGGAAUUUUGUGGCUGAGCGGGAAAGAAAAAGAGUCCUGCUCUGUUCGAAGUACGGUGUGAUGAGCGUAUAGUGAAACACUGUCAAGGUUGAUGACUCUCAGAGUCCUCUCCAUCACCACACCUCUGUCCCGCCUUAUAAAUGUCCACCCAAAAUGUUUGAUGCCUACUUUAUUAUAAUUUCUGGGUAACUUCAGGCUGAAACAAAAGUUAGCACAAGGGGAAAGGUCUUCAGCUUGUUUGCCUGUACAGAUAGGUCCAUUGUAUCUUCAUUAAGGCAUGGAUGUCAUGUCAUAGCUCAUGAACAGGUUUAAUUUAUUCUGAAAUAGUUUCCCCUGAAAUUGUCAUGAUAAAUCAUAGUGGUCAAUUAAUAGGAUGACACAAGUCGGCAUGAGUCAAAGUGCUGCAACUUGUUUAUAUACUUAGAUGUGCCUGAUAAGCAUAAUUUUGUGUGCUUUUCAUUAAGGGAGUGGACAUCAAGUCACAAUUCAUAGGCAUGUUUAAUUUAUCCCGAAAUAUUGUUUGCCUGAAAUUGUAAUAAUGAACAAAUAAUGACACAUGUUUAAUUACGGGAAGGAAGGUUGUUUAAGGUUGCUUAAACAUUAGGGAAUACUUCCUUUCCCCAAAACAACUUAAGGAUGGAAUAACACACAAAAAGGCUGAUGGAAGCUCCUUCCGCAUUUUUUAUUUUUAAGGAAAUAAUUUCACCCCUAUUUUGCUGCAGAAACCAGACUUGAGAUGCUAUUAAUUAUAAAACAGAUCAAACUGCAUUGAAAGCCUGCUAUUUUCGAGUAGUUGGAAUGGCAGUCUAUAUGGCCUACAAUGUUAGCCUUUUUUGUUUGGCCUCAUUACAACCCUACCUUUUCUGCUCCUCAAAGAAAUGCUGUUUCAAUAAGGGAACUUGCUUUCAAUGGUUAUUAUAAACUUGGCUCCCAAGAAGCAGUUAGAAAUUGGUUGCAAGUGCAAUAAUUGAAAUGGAAGACAUUUCCUAUAAUUCCAGUAAAGGUAAGAAGGGCUACUGAGAAUAACCUGGAAGGCGCAAGAUGUGUGGGAGCCAGGUUCCACAAAAAUGAUGGCAUCUGAUUGUUAUGCGCCUUCAACAUCAUCCUGAUUUAUGGUGAUCUUACCAUCCUACCAUGGCAAGAUUUAUUCAGAGGAGGUUUGCCAUUGCCAAGGCUGAGGGAAUGUGACUUGCACAAGCUCAUCUAGCAGCCUUCCAUGGUUGAGUAGGGAUUCAAAUCCAAAUCUCCCAGAUUCAGCUCUGGCUGUUUCUGCAACUGAUAUAUUAUAAUUAUCAUUUAGGUGUACAAGAAAUGUCUAUCUUUGCAUGCAGCGUAUCUUCUGACUUCCUAUAAAGUUGCCACUCUUUUUAUUGGUAAUCAAGCGUCGCAGCUGCCCACAAGGCCUGCAGAAGUGCACCACAAUUUUGUGCACUGCUUGUUGCUUUGGGAUCCCAUUGCCAGAGAUUCAAAAGUAUCACUUAAGUUCAUCCUUUCCACACACAAAGAGAUUUAUUCAUGUAGGAGAAACUUUCAUAGUCUUACCUAGUAGUAGUAGUUGUUGCUGUGUGCCUUCAAGUCACCUCUGACGUAUAGUGACCCUAAGAUGAUCCUAUCACAAGAGUGUCUUGGCAAGAUUUGAUUGGGGAGUGCCGGGGAGCCUUUGUCUUUCUCUGAGGCUGAGAGUGUGUGACUUGUCCAAGGUCACCCAGUGGGUUUCCAUGGCUGAGUGGAGAUGCAAACCCUGAUCUCCUCCUCCUAUCAUGCUCCUCCAAAGGUAUUUGAUUGUGGGGGUUUUUUCCUGCUUAAAACACAUGGUGAAAUGCAUGUAGUCUGAUAGGCCAGGCUGCUUUUCUGAUAAAUAUAUUCUGCAACCGGACCUGUUUGUCCCGGAUUGGCCUUUUUAGUCACCAACGCGCUCGUACAAAGCGUAGGAUGAGUCCUUCCUGAAUCUUUGUUCACAAAGCAAAGCCAGAUAUAUAUAUAUAUAUAUAUAUAUAUAUAUAUAUAUAUAUAUGCGCGCAAGCCUUUGUUAUGAUACUUCAUUCGGUGUAAUUUAAUCUAAUAUACAGUGAAAAUAUUCCCUGUUUUGCUCUUGUAGCCUCUUGCUUUGAUUUUGGUGAUACUUCUGGAACAAAUUCAUACACAAUGUUCAAAACUGGCAAUGGGAUUUCAUGGUGUUUGUACCAUUGUUUUCAUAUGCCACUGGAACAGAGGAGCUGAAUUACUGUUGACUGGCUUUUUAUUUGGCAUUUGGUUGCAGUGACAUAACUGUGGGUUUCCAUAGCAGUUCCAACCUCAUUCUUGUAAGGUCCCCCCCCCCCCAGAUAAGUCAUAUGUGUAUCUAACUUCUGUUGUUCUGGCAUCUGCUGCAUAAGCAAGCAUAGUUUGUUUCAGCUUUAACUGGG